GCCUCGCCUCACCGCGCUGCCUCCGGGUCCCCCCCCAUAGUCCUGGGGCGGGCUGAGGGUGUCCCCCCGGCAGGGGCAGGGCAGCGCGGAACUGCGGCUUCUCCUCCUCCUCCUCCUCCGUGGUGCCCCGUGGGGAAGGGAGCCGCCGCCAGGGCCGGGCCUCAGCAGCUCCUCGCCCCCCUGCACAUCCCGGGGGCUUCAGGAGCAGGCCUGGGGUGCGUUCAGGUGCACGCCGCUGUGCCUUGAAGAGAGGCUCCAGUGUAGACCAGCAGGACGGUUUGGGGUUGCUUGGUUGCUUCUGGGCUGAACCUGCCUCGGUUUGGGUUGUGUAAUGAGCGAGGAAAUGGAGCGCUGCAAGAAGGCUCAUUGUGUGCUCAGCACUGCCUGAAUAAUUUGCUACAAGGAGAGUAUUUUAGCCCUGUUGAGUUAUCUUCCAUUGCGCAGCAGUUGGAUGAGGAAGAGAGAAUGAGAAUGGCAGAGGGAGGAGUGUCUAGUGAAGAAUAUCGAACAUUUUUACAGCAGCCUUCUGUAAAUAUGGAUGAUAGUGGAUUCUUCUCAAUUCAAGUCAUAAGCAAUGCCUUGAAAGUUUGGGGUUUAGAACUAAUCCUCUUCAACAGCCCAGAGUAUCAGAGGCUUGGGAUCGAUCCUAUAAAUGAAAAAUCAUUUAUUUGUAAUUAUAAGGAACACUGGUUUACAGUUCGAAAGUUAGGAAAACAGUGGUUUAACUUGAACUCUCUCUUGAUGGGUCCAGAACUAAUAUCAGAUACAUAUCUUGCACUUUUCUUGGCUCAAUUACAACAAGAAGGUUAUUCCAUAUUUGUAGUAAAAGGUGACCUGCCAGACUGUGAGGCUGAUCAGCUCUUGCAGAUGAUUCGGGUACAGCAGGUGCAGAGACCAAAACUAAUUGGGGAAGAGACAGCACAGUCAAGAGAACAGAGGCUACCCAGAAGCGAUGUGGACCAAGCAAUAGAAGUUAACCAUCCUUUUGAUGGAACAAGCAUGUUAGACGAAGAUGAGGAGAAUUUUCAAAGAGCCCUGGCUCUAAGUAGGCAGGAAAUUGAUAUGGAAGAUGAAGAAGCUGAUCUUCGUAGAGCCAUUCAACUCAGCAUGCAAGGUUGUCGUCGAAGUGAGUGCUUGAACUCGUUAUCAACAAAUGUUCCUCAGUCACCACACACCAGUCAGACAGACUCCCUUUCUUCAGAAGAACUGCGAAGGAGAAGACAAGCAUAUUUUGAAAAGCAGCAACAACAGCUGCCGCAGCAAGAUCAGACCCUGAACAUAGAAGAUAAGCCAGCUAUAAGCUCAAGCAAUCUGGAAGCCGACCCAGGAGGUGAUAUGAGUGAAGAAGACAUGCUUCAAGCAGCCAUGAACAUGUCUCUGGAAUCUGUUAGAAACCACUUGAAUACUGAAGAGAAAAAAUGACAUCACAAUUUUCCCAUCCUCUAUUGUCAAAACACUAAGUCUCCAUUAUAAUCUUACUGUGUGGAUGUUGCACAAGCAGGGUUCAUUUCAGAGUUUUGGAAGCAGGAAUGAAAAGAGGCUGGAGCUCAGAAUUUAGAGGAAAUCUGCGAAUAUCAAAAAGUUUGCACUAAUUUAGGAAACUGUAGCACUCCUGCUACAGAGUAUCUGUUCACAAGAGUAGCUCGUUAAAAUUACUUAAACUACUCGUGUGGCUGACGGUAGAUAUGUAGCAGUUGUAACUUGCAUUUAAAAAGCAAAUUUAAAUUGUUUUGAAGAGUUAUCUAGAGAACAGAAAAGGGGACAAAAAAAUGUCAGCUGAUGUCCUUCAGUACCAAUACUAAAAUAGAUAAUAAACUGUGUUCAUAAAUUAGUAAUUAUAAGAAAACACUUGAGAUGGGAAAAAAAAAUGUUUAUCUUAGAUAACUUGUCAUUCAGAAUGAGUCAUAAACUUGUCAACUUUUUGGUCCUGCUGUCCACUUUUGAAAUGACCCAUUCUGCAGGAGAAACCUGAAUCCAUAAAUUCAUGCUUGGCAAUUCAACAGAAAAUCUCCAGUGUAUUGUAGAUUAUAAUGUUACUUCUGAAUGUUCAGUGACUUGUGACCUUCUAACACUUUGUGGUUUUCCUUUCACUUCCAACUGUAUGUUUCAGAUCCAUGUUUAAAGUAGGCUUUUUGCUUUGCCAUUUUGUCUUUUUGGCAGAUACAUUGCCAUUACUUUUUUUAAUUAGCUUAGUUUUUCUUCUGCUCCUUCUGUUUAUGCCACUUUUUGCUGUAAAAAUAUCAUAAUGGGUUAAACAGGUUUUCUCUUUUACCUCUCCUGGAGUUUUUCCUCUCUGAGCUCAACCCUUUCUUCUGGCCUUUCAGUAUAAAAGAGCUGUUAACUGAGUCUAGGAGAAGGGAGAUGGGGAAGAUUUGGGUGCCAUAAAAGUAGUGCCACACAUCCAACGUGCGUUCCUGCAGUCUGAAGUGACCCCUGUGCAAGUAGCUCUUUUAAGAAUGAAUAUUUAUGUCUGUGUGGGUGUUCUUUCCAAAAUAUUUCUCGAGUGUCUGUCAGAAUGUUGCAGCUUUUUCAGGAAUGGCCUUUAUUCAUGCACCUUAAAAUUUUUUAUCAUGCUGUUUCUGAUGCUGAGAAACUGGGGAGCAAAGGAUGGGGGAUAGUUUAUUCUAUUGGUUGUAACACAUCUGCUUUGAUACCCAGGGUGAGUGUGUAAUAGGGUGACCAAACUUGACUUUCAACUUAGUGCAACAAUUCAGAUAAGUUUAGUUUUCCUAAAUGGUGCUUGAAAUACAAAUUCUGUUUACAUAUAAAUUAUAUGGAAGUGUUGUAGGUACAGUAUGUAAUCUGUAUACCACUUAAUGCAUUAACAGUUAGCACAGGCAUUUUAAGAAUAAUCUUUUGAAGAUAAACCCCAAAUUCUUUAUCAAAAUACUCUGAUGUUACAUCAUUACACAAUAGUAACAAAGUUAGUAUGAACUGAAUGGUAGUUAGAUGGAAAUUUACAUUCAGCAUCAAGUAGUACUGUACAUGAAAGGGCUCUUACCUCUCAGUAAAGUUUUGUUUACAGCAAUGGUUUCUUGAUAGGUUAGAAUAUUAAACAUAAAUGGGCAGAAUUCUGUUUUCUGUAUGCUAAAUUUCCAACAAUGUCACCAUAACCACUGGUAUGUGUAAGAUGUGUCUUUUGACAUGAGACAGCAGUACUUUUUUAAAGUUGGUUUAAAGUUUUGCUUUUUAAGGAAUCUUGUCAUGCACGUAAUCAAUCUUUGUAAUGUAUUAAAGUAAUACAGCCAAGUAAUGGCUUUAAAAUGUUACAGGUAUGCAAAUGCCAUUUUGAAAUGCUAUAUUUUUCAGAAUGUAGAUUUGAUUGAAAUUUAUAUGAAACUGAAAACAGAAAAGGAGUCUGUAAAGCACUGAAUUAUUUCUUUGCUUGUUUGCAAAUUAUCCACAGCUUUACCUUUCCUUCCUUUGUUGUGCCAUAAACUGAUUCUGAAAUAAGACUCUCCAUUUAAUAAGUAGGUGUAGGCUGGCAAAGCUUGUUAAGACAUACUUGAUACCAGUUCUUGGAACUUGAGCCUUUUAUCCUCUGUAAGAAUAUCAUAAAUAUUUCUGUAGCUAUAUGGUAUAGCAGUCAUAUUAAAAAAAAAUAAUGAUACUCUAGGCCCCUUGAAUUGUAUUAACUGUAACCUGUGACAACUACAUGUUUUUGAAAUCACUAAAGCAUGGAGGUUUGGAUUUGAACUUUCAUGUUACUUUGUAAGUUCCUUCACCUAAGUGUUCUAAUAUGUGAGGAAUAUAAAGUAACAGUGCCUGAAAAGCACAAAUGUGUGAGUCAGAUUACAGGGCUAACCAUAUUCCUUUCUGUGGAGAAACAGCAUCACUGUACAAACACCGGUCUGACGUUCAGAGGAAUGUCAAGUUUGGUAAAGUUGGCAUAGCUGCCUAGUCAUGCAGUUAAGAGGUAACAAUUUAAGCUGUGUGUUAAUUGCACCAAAGGAAAAGACUAAUGCUAAUUCUUGACAGAGCAUGUUUUAUGACCCAGAUCUAAAGUUCAAGUUGUGUGGACCUGCCAAGAAGCUGUCAAUAAAAAAAAAAAUCUGAUCUCACUUUCAUGGUGUUCAUUCUUUUAAUGAUAAAUAUGUCUCAACAUGUCCAAACUAUGCUCAUAAAUACAUUAUUUACUGAUUUAGAGCCUAUUCCUAUUGAAGCUGAAAGAUUGUAUCUCCCCAUGCUUUAGGCCAAAGUCUUACUGUAAAAAAAAAAAAAAAAAAAAAAAACUGCUUAAUUUUGUAAUUGUGAUAUGAUAUUCAAGGGAAAUUCAUACUUCAUCAAACAGAUGUUUACUGUUUUCCUCACAGUCCAUCCAACGUAAUUUGUGGUUUUCUGCCUGUAGAAGUCAAAGGUGUAAGGAGGAAUGAGUGAUACUUGCCAGAUACCUUCCACAAUUAGUUCUAUAAUUCUGUAAACUGCUUUUGUGGUUUUGCAAUGAAGGCAACGUGAAAAAGCAUUUUAAUACAGUCAUGCCUGAAUACAGUUCUUGUUAGGCAUGGUAUUAUAUAUAUAUGAACUAUAUAAAUUGUCACUUUUUUCUGGGCUUGGAACUAAUCUGAUAUACCGCUGGCUUACUCUCUUCCUACAUUUGGGCUCUGUGCCAUUUGAACAUCUCCAACAAAACAAAAGUAGCAAGUUUAAAAGUAAUUUUCAGCUAGCAUGUGCUUCUGUUAUUUUUCAUACUUCAUUACUUUGUAGGCUUCACACUGCAAGGCAUGUAUAGAUUUCUCAACUGGAGUACUACCAACACAAAGUUAUGUCUCUGUGUUUUAAUAUCGGACUACUUCAUUUAUUAUGGAUUUAUAAAAUGGUGGGUGGUGGACUAUGCUUAAAAUAACUUCUGCAUAAACAAGCAGUAUUAUUUCCCUAUCUCAGACAAGUACUGUUAUUUCCAAGCUGCUUUUUUUUUUUUAUUACAAAGCUGAUAGGGCUCUUUAAUUUAAAAAAAAAAAAAAAAAAAAAAAAAAAAA